UAAGCUUUCAGUUUUGUAGGAAGUAGCGCGGAUUACAGUCGCUGAAGAGAAAAGCUUGCCUAUAUUUCCAUCACACCACUCUAUGAUAGUCUUUGGCUUCUGGAACGUGUUAUAAUUCAGUUCUCUCGAUCUCCUUCCCGUGGCAUGUGACGUUUUGAGCGCGCACAAAUCUUUUCACUGUGAACGACUUGUGGUGAAGAAUGGUGUGAUUAUUAUAAGGCAAAGAUGGAUGUUUCUUUGUGGAGUGUGUUACUUUUGACAAGUGUCUUUUUUCUGUCUGGAGGAUGUCAUGAAGAUUGUUUGUUGCCUUUGGGAAUGGAAGAUGGUCGUAUCAAGGAUGAAAACAUUCGUGCAAGGUCUUUUCUACCACUGGCUAGUCCUACUAAUGCUAGAUUGAAUCAUUCUGAAGAAUAUGGAGGGUGGUGCCCUGAUCAGAUGCAAUAUAAAAAUAAAACAGCUCCAAUUAAUAGAGAGUUCAUACAAAUUGAGUUUGGCACUCUUUUACGAGUCAAAGGAAUUGUGACACAAGGUCGUGCUAAUGGAGCUGAAAGAGUGGAGCAAUACUGGUUUAGUUAUCUUGGAUCAGAGGGGACAUAUGAGUGGUAUCUUGAGGGCAACAGCCACAGAUUGGAGAUCUUUGAAGGUAAUAGUCAGCAGAAGCCUCAGAAAAAAAACAUACUGAGGCCACCAGUUGUAACAGGUGCCAUCAGAGUUCAUCCACAGAUAUUUCCAGAAAAACAAGUUUGUCUGAGGCUUGAGCUCCUCGGCUGCUCACUGAAAAAUGGAAUUGUCUCAUAUGAGACUCUUCAAGGUAAUUUGAUGAGAGAGACCUACAAUUUCACUGAUUCAAGUUAUGAUGGUUUGGUCAAAGACAACUCCUUGUUCGGCGGCCUUGGAAUGCUAACUGAUGGUCAUCUGGCUCCUGCUGAUUAUGCCAACACUAGAGGAGUGGGUUGGAUUGGCUGGAAUGCUGAGGAUACUCCAGAUCCAUACAUCAGGUUUCAGUUUUUGAACACAAGAAUCUUUCAUUCAGUGACCAUUCACUGUAAUGUCAGGGAUGAAGCAGAUGUCCAGUUGUUUUCUAACGUUACAAUCAGAUUUGGUGAAGAUGUUGCUACAUUUGACAAGUCACUGUCUUUCAAACCAAAGCAAAUUUCAAGUGGGCUAGGAUGGAAAAACUACAAUGUCACAAUUGACUUGUGCAAACAUGUUGGGAAGUUCAUGGAGUUAAAAUUUACUCAUGUUGGAAACUGGAUAUUGAUCAGUGAAAUUUCUUUCAAUUCAGAUCCUCUUGGGAAAAUCUCGCCUCCAUUACCCAAAUGUGCUUCCAUUCCCCCUUUGUUCACAAGACCUCCCACUGGUCUAAUAAACGAUAUCAGCACUAGCAGUCCAUCAGAUGGUGUUAAAGGAAAGACAGGAAAAGGGACUGUCACUGGAAACGGUUCUUUGAGCGGUGGUGUAAUAGCGGCAAUCAUCUGUGCCGUCGUAGCAGUCCUUGUGGCUGUUGCUUUGUUCAUUUGCUGCAAGCGUUACCCUCAUUGGUUCUCUCAGCGUGAAAAGCCAUUCAACUCCUUCAUCAAAGUCGAAGUUAAGCCGUACGCGCGUCACCAUACGCCGCAGCGCGUUUCUCGACUUGAUAGUACAGCAAGUGAAAACGAAGAAAAGAGGUACAGCUUCAAGAACAAUGUGUACAAUGAGGCGGGGGGAAAGCGUGGUGCAGAGGUUACCAUAUGUCCUAUAUAUGCUAGUAUACAGGGUGAUCUGAACAAAGGCACUAUGAAAAGCGACGAACAGAACAACAUACCAAAGGGUGAAAGACUUUACUCUGAACACAAGUCUUCAAAGAAAGUCAAACCUCCCAUACCACCCCCACUGAAGCCGCCUGAGCCUCUUUCAGAGGUAAUUUACGCCGAACCUAACACUCCUCUGUUACCUUCACCAACAAAUGGUGGAUCUCCCAAAGCCGCAACAGCCCAAAGUCUUCCUCAAGUAGACGUAACAGAGGAAUCAGAUGUUGCAUAUAAUGACUAUGCCGAGCCGGACUCCCCAUGUGAAAAAAAUCGCUUGAUACCGGAUUCUCCCAAACCUAGAGUUGUUAGCGGGUAUGCUGAUCCUAUCGAUGUCAUUUCUCCCACAUCAGUGACUACUUUCCCGAAUCCUAUUUACGAGGAGAUUUACUCCGAGCCAUUUCAGGGCGUAUCGGGCACCAGUUUGUAUUGUAAUCCUGACGAGGAGCUAAACUUUAGACCCAGACUGGACACAUUCAAGGAACUGCCUCGUCACAAGCUUCACUUCAAAGAAAAGAUCGGUGAUGGACAAUUCGGUGAGGUGCAUAUUGGAGAGGUUGAGCGAUUGGGAGACAUUCUGGGCGGGGAGUUCAAAAACAGUUCUCGUACAACAGUGGCCAUUAAAACUCUCAAGCUGAACGUUGAUAAGAACAUUAAGGAUGAUUUCUUUAAAGAAGUGAAAGCCAUGGCGGGGCUGAAGCACUCAAAUGUGAUUCGGUUGUUAGGUGUGUGUCGGGAUGAUCCCAUGUGUAUGAUAGUUGAGUACAUGGCCAAUGGCGACUUAAAUCAGUUCCUGAAAGAAAAAGAGCAUACGCCCAGCUUGAAUGAAAGCGAGGGGUGGCAAGAUGCCGGACAGUAUAUCUCUUCUCAAGCUCUGUUUUACAUGGCAAAGCAAGUGGCCGCAGGAAUGAAAUACAUAUCUUCGUUAAAUUAUGUGCAUCGUGAUCUGGCCACGCGUAACUGUUUGGUGGGACACGCAAACACCGUCAAAAUUGCUGACUUCGGAAUGUCAAGGAACUUGUACUCUAAACACUAUUAUCGCGUCGAGGGACGUGUGAUUUUGCCAAUACGAUGGAUGGCGCCCGAAUGUAUUCUACAAGGUCGUUUUACAACGUCUAGUGAUGUGUGGGCGUUUGGAGUCACUCUAUGGGAGAUACUCACUCUUGCUAAAGAAUAUCCUUACUCGGAACUCACCGACGAGGAAGUCAUUGAUAACGCGCAGAAGAUUUUCCAUGGAACGGGUACGCCCUCCACUCGGUUACCUCAGCCGAAGACAUGUCCAGACGAUCUGUACCAGGUCAUGUGCCGCUGUUGGACAAGAGAAAUGGAGGAAAGACCCUCUUUCAUGGAACUACACAGCAGUAUAGCAGAGCGUGUGCGACUCAGUGAAGUCAGUAUGGAAUGUUAAAGUGCACAGAGAGGGUUGAUGUUUGAGUACCAGAGGACAGUUUUGAUGUGCGCCGAACAGUUUGUCGUUAACUCUGUUCACGUAGCCGGACCGAAUGCUAGUAUUUAGAAAUGGCCCCGGCAUCAAAGCAGUAGUCCUGACUUUGCGCAGCCAAGAUAUGAUUGCCUUGGAGACAAACCUAGACCAACAAGUGAAACAUUCGGUUCUACUGGGUUGGAUAAUUGUCUUCAAGACCCAAAUUUUUUUAACAUUUUUUUUGGAUCAUAGAUUUCGACGAUAAUAAAUUGUUUUAUUGCCAAUCAGUCUUUUAAGAAAACGGGAGUAAUUUAGCAAACGUUUAUAACAAUGGACAUGAUCAUUUAUGUUGAUGUUUUGAACCCUCUUACCCCCAAGAUUGUCCUAGAAAUUCUCCCCUCUGGCUCUUAUACAUAUCCUCCA